AUGUACAACCUCAUUACUCAACAUAGGAAGGAAAAGGUGACGGGUGGUGAUGCAAAUGCUGCAAUAAGCUACCUGAGAGGUAAAGCUGGGAAUGAUUCUUAUUUCUUUGGAAAGUACACAUUAAGUAAUGAGAAUCGAUUGGAAAAUUUGUUUUGGGUUGAUAGGACUAGCCGUAUUGAUUAUGAGUGUUUUGGGGAUGUCUUGACAUUUGAUUCGACUUACAAUAGGAACGUCUACAAUAAACCAUUUGUGAUAUUUUCUAGUAGCAAUCAUCAUGGGCAGACCAUCAUAUUUGGAUGUGGUCUUCUUGUUAAUGAGGAUAUUGGUUCAUACAAAUGGCUCUUGGAAACUUUUUUGGAAGCAAUGGAGAAUAAACACCUUAUGGCAGUUGUCACCGACGGAGAUCUUUCAAUGAGAGAAGCCAUUAAACAGGUCUUUCCUUAUGCAACACAUCGAUCUUGUGCAUGGCACUUACAUAGGAAUGCAUGCGAGAAGGUUAAGAACAGUGGAUUUUUAAAUGACUUCAAGAAAUUGAUUUAUGCUAAUGUGAGUGUUGAAGAGUUUCAGGCCAUGUGGGGAGACAUGGUGGCGAGGACAACAUCCCAGUGUGAAGGGAUUAACUCUCUAAUAAAAGCAUAUGUGAGAAAGAAAGAUACCCUUCUUGAAUUCAUCAAUAACAUGGAGACCGUUGUUAGCCAUUACAGGAACAAUGAAAGAGUUGCAGAGUUCAAUAGUAAAUAUACUGAUCCAGUACUUGUGACUUCUUUGCCAACACUUGAAGAUUUUGCUACAAAGACUUUCACUCAUAACAUGUUCCGGGAGGUCAGGAAGGAAAUUGAGGGUGCUUGUGCUAUGAAUACAGAGUUAGUAAUUCAGGAUGGUGGAAAACUAUACUUCAAGUGUAACAGUUUUGGAGUGCCAGAGUUUGAUCAUGUGGUUGAGUUUGACAGAGUUGGAGGGGAUGCUUUGUUGUGA